AUGCCUACCCUAGUGGCUCAGCAUGAAAAAAAAACUUACCACAGCUCUUUCAUUCCCAAACACCCCUACAAACUCUAUGAAACCAGAACCAACUCUGCUCCACAGACAACUUCUGCCAACCACAAGACAAACCUCAUCAAAGUUGACAAGCCAGCAUCCUCAAAAGAUAGCACUGAAAAAAGAGGUGUUACCAAAUCAUCCGUUGGGAAAGAGGAGACACCAGAAAGCACACCAGUUACAGCUCAUGCCUCCACAGAUUCCAGUCCAUUGCAUGAUGUCUGCCAGCGGCCCAUUCAUUAUGAUCCAUCUACCAGAAUUCCGCGGUGUGGGAGCGCGGGAAUUCGGAUCAAUCGAAGAGAUUUUGAGCGCAACUUCCCGAUUUUCGACCAAGCCCAGGCAAGCUAUUUGCUGACUUACGAACGCAACACCCAUAUACUCAUCGUCGACAUGCCCACCGUUCUCCACGAAGCAUCGUUCGACGUGGUGAAGGAUGCCAUCAUCAAAAGUAUCGACGCCCUUCCGUAUGAUCGCGACAUCAUUUUUACGACAACCAACAUGAAUUGGCCGCUAAAAGUCAAGGGCGCAUCGAUCACAGCUUCAAAAGUCGUUCUGGUUCCCUUCCUUGCUGAAUGCGCUCUCUCGGAGAAAGAUGAGCAUGUAUUUGGAAAAGUUGAAAAAGUUGUUUUGGCGCGUCCAGACAUUAAGUGCGCGGUUGUUGUUUUAGUACGGGAGGAUACAGACUACGCCGCUCCCGAUGACGAUUCCAUCGCAUCAACGGUCCUACGUGGCGGCACUAGCAGUGACCCGCGCCUCCUCACUCAAGAAGAUUUCCUCAAUCUACGCACCACCCACGUUCAUUCAGGAGAUGAUGCGCCGAUCAACGUUCGUUCCAAAGAUCCUGCGCAUACGGCGUACGGCACAUUGGUGCCCACAGUUAUGGACUCCGUCACCAACAUGCUUGACAAAGGGUUGACGAAGAUUAAAGACUCUAUUGUAACUUUACAGCAGAAGCUCGCGCCCGACCUCGACUUCACCGUUCUCGCGGAAACUCCUAUCCAAUCUUUCUUUGACUGGAGCCGUGCCUCGAGACGAAUCCUGACAGCCGCCGAAAUCACCGCCUACGACCGUUAUUGCGAGUGGCACGUGAAGCUUUUCGGCGAGUCGGAUAGUGAGAGUUCUUACGCCCCUUCGGAACAGACAGAUGACUCGGUUGAGGAAGAGAUGGCGGACGCUCAAGGCUCCAAACGUAAGCGUGCGAGCACGUCCGACCUUCCCUCUUCUAGGUUUAAAAUCCCGAAGGCGGCCUAG